AGAGACGACAAGGGAAGUAUAAAGUCAGACCCAGAGAGAUAAAAAAGUGUAUAAAGAAUUUUACCAAUGAUUGUUUACAAAAACUAUAAGAGAAGAAGAAUCAGAAAAAUGGGUAGAACAAAAUGUAAUACAAAAAGUUGAGGAUAUUGUAAAAGAAGGAAACAGGCAAGACCCAAUGAUAGUCAGGAUUGAAACAGUAGAGAAAGUGAUAAAGACGCUGAAAAGAAGAAAGGCUGGAGACUGUGAAGGCUGGUGUAACGAAAUGGUAAAAUGUGGAGGAAAUGAAAUGGUGAAAUUAAGCUUCGACAAAUUGUGGGCUGGAAGAUUGUAUGAUAGACUUGACGAAAGAUGGCAUGAGAGAAAGGGAUCACUUAUCUAUAAGCUGAACCAAAAUCACUUAUCUAUAAGCUGAACCAAAAAGCGAAAAUGAAAAUAAUUACACCACUAGGAAUUACAGAUAAACUUUACGUUAAAAAUGUGGUGAAACAAGGAACAAUCUUUGGACCACAGGUAGACGAGAUGGGAAAAGUUUCGCCCAAGACUGUGAUCUCACCAAACAUGGCACUUGGAACAUUGGUAUAUGUAGACGAUAUAGGAGCUGUAGGGUCAAAAGAAACAAUAGAAGAGGUAGGAAAAAAUGUAGCUGAAAUGAAAAGAAUGAAAGGCUUUGUAUUUACCAGAGACAAGACAAAAUAUGUUAAUUGGGACAGGAAGGAAAGAACGAAGAUCAAGUGAAGUUAUAAUAGAAACGAGACAAGAUAGAAUUGAAGGUACAGAAGAAUAUAUAAGUAUUUAGGAAACUAGAUUAGAAAAGAAGGAACAGUGUGUAGGCAGAUUGAGAAAGUGGAAAAGGGAAUAGAAGGUGUAGUUAGUGAAGUGUGUAAAAUAGGAAAAGAAGAGCUAGUAGCAAGUCUAUCAACAGAAAAUAAACUGAUCCUGUUUGAAAAAACAGUUGUUAGUUCCUUAACAUACAACUUACUGGACAGUAAUAUCAGAGCAGCAGGUAGAAAGGCUGGAAAGGGUACAAGGUAAAAUAGUGAAGAGAUUAUUGAAUGUGCCUGAAACUACACCUUACUUGGGAUUGAUGAAAGAAAUUGGAAUAUGGACGAUGGAAAAAAAAAUUUGCUACCAGAGACUGAUGUUGUACCAAAACAUGAUGUCAUCAGAUGAGGAUAAACUUGGCAAACUGGUGAUAUUAGAUCAGAUAAAAAAAUAAACAAAAUGGUUGGUGCAAGGAAACAGAGAAUAUUGCAAGUAAGAUAGGAGUGGAGUAGAAACACGUAGAAAAGAUGACAAAAGCAGAGUGGAAGAAGAAAGUAAAGGGAAGAAUUGAAAAGAAACUAGAAGAGAUAAUGGAGCAGAAGGAAAAUAACAUAGGAAAAUGAGACACCAAAGUGGAAAAAAAUUCGGGAAAAAAAAGUACAUAAGUGGAAUGGGGAUAAAAGAAGCUAGUUAUACAAUAAGAAGAAGAUUGGAAAUGUUAGGCAUAGGUAAUAAUAUGGGAAAAAAUAGGACGUGUGUGUGUGGAGAAAAAGAAACUACGGAACAUAUAAUAGAUUGUAAACGAGUAAACUUGUGUGGGAAAAGAGAUAUAGCAAAGGAAUGGUUAAAGGAGACAAACGGCAUCAGCAGAAUGCGAGAGACAAAUGUAUGGAUUGGAAAGUAUAUGGGAAGAAGAGACAGAAGGGCAAUAAAGCAUAAAGAAUAGAAAAAAGAAAGAAGUGAGAAAUAAGAGGAAAAACAAGCAAACCAAAAAAAACAAAAAAAAAACAAUUAUUAAAAGAAAGGAAAAGAGAAUAAGGAAAAAUUUAGCCUUGUACCUAGUCGACAAUAAAGACAGCAAUAUAUUGUAUCAAUGUGUAGUUUUAUCUUUUUUUGACUAGGAGCUUGUUGGCAACAAAAGUGGGCGCUUGAAACAUUCAAAGAUUCAAAGGCUUUUUAAAAGUGUGAUCUGUCACACAAAUCCAAAAUGGAAACCUAAGUUAAUGUUCCGCAAUGGGCUCUCUGCACAUGUUCUUAACUCGAGUUUUAGUGUCACUUAUCCUAUCUGUAUUCAUGGCAAAACGAGGAUACAACAAAAAGUCUCUGUGUGUAUCUGGUGCAAUCUCAGCUGUUGUUGUUGGUUUCUUUAUAACACUGGCAAAUUAUUCCUUCUCAGCAUGUUUGUUGACCUUCUACAUGACGUCAUCGAAACUUACUAAUUUGAACACUUCCAGAAAAAGAAACAUAGAGGAGAAUUUCAAAGAAGGAGGUCAAAGAACUUGGAAACAGGUUCUAUGUAAUGGAGGCGUUGCCUUGCUUGUAUCUAUCAUCUAUAUAAGCGAAGUCGGUUGUUCUGAGCGACCUAUAAACUUUUCGAAAGACUUUACAUCUUCUAUUUUGUGUACAGCUUUGGUGGGAUCACUGGCAUGUUGCAAUGGUGACACGUGGAGUUCUGAAAUAGGAACUGCAGUAGGUUCCCACUCUCCAAGACUUGUUACAACCUUUCAGAAAGUUCCAGCUGGUACAAACGGUGCUAUUUCGUUAAUUGGUACCAUAGCAAGCUGUCUUGGUGGAUUAACUGUGGGACUUGCAUUUUUUUGCUGCGAUUAUGUAAUAGUAAGACCAAGUAGUUUCCUACUGGAAUACCCACCACAGUGGCCGAUAUUGGUGUUAGCGACGUUCGCUGGCCUAGUGGGUAGCCUAAUUGAUUCAUAUCUUGGUGCUAUAUUUCAAUAUUCUGGAUUCUGUUCAGUAAGAAAAAAAAUAACAUCUAAAAAAAGUUCGACGACUAAGCAUGUUUCUGGUAGCGACGUGUUGGACAACGAUCUAGUUAAUUUUUCUUCUUCUUGUGUUAUGGCCAUUAGUACUCCGUUGUUGGGAUAUUAUAUUUACAAUACUUUGCAAGAACUGUGAAACAAACGCACGAGUUUUUAUGCUACACAAAACUUAAUUGAUAAUUUAAUCUAUUUUCUAACUCGCAUGGCUGUUGACUGACACUGCGUGGUUUGGCGUUAAAGAAAAAGGAUCAAUAAAAUAUGUUUUUUAUGACUUGUUGUUAAGAAAGUACUUUUAUUACAUAAAAUGCAAGUAGAUCGGUAACUAACACAGUUGCCUUUGAUGGAAUUUAAUAAAAAAUACCCGUUAAUUUCUA